UUUUGUUACAUAACGUGAAUUUAAUAAGACUAUAGAAUAAAAUUGAAGUAAUACUAAUAAGUGGGGUAACCAUCCAAACUAGCUGUUCAGUGAGUUUCUAUCAAAGUCAUCAAUGGCAGAAUCCAAAAACGAUCUACCGGCGGUAAUUGUCCUGGGCAAUCCAUCAUUUCUAAAACUCUACGGCGAACAAUUUUCCUCAAAAUUCAAACUCCUAAAACCAUGGGAAUCUUCACUUCCAUUAAACCAAUUCAUCACUACACAUGCUCAAUCUGUACAGGCUAUGCUCUGUUCCGGCGGGACACGUGUUACUCCGUCGUUGCUCAGCCAAUUCCCUUCUCUUCGCGUAAUUGUUACUACCAGCGCUGGCCUUAACCAUAUGGACCUCGAUGAGUGUCGCCGUUUAGGAAUCUCAGUUGCUAAUGCUGGUACUAUUUUCUCAGAGGAUGUUGCUGAUUUUGCUGUUGGAUUGUUGAUUGAUGUUUUGAGAAAGGUAUCUGCUGCUGAUCGGUUUGUUAGGAAUGGACUUUGGCCUCUUCAUCGGGACUACCCACUCGCUUCCAAAGUGGGAGGCAGGAAGGUUGGAAUUGUUGGGCUGGGAAGCAUAGGCCUAGAAGUUGCAAAAAGGCUUGAACCAUUUGGCUGCGUUAUAUCAUACCAGUCGAGGAAGAAAAAGCCUGUUCCCUUCCCUUUCUAUCCCGAUGUUCAUGAACUAGCAACCAAAUGUGAUGUCCUUGUCAUUUGUUGUGCAUUGACAGACCAAACUCGUCAUCUGAUCAAUAAGGAGGUUCUACUGGCACUCGGUAAACAAGGAAUAGUCAUUAAUAUUGCACGAGGAGCCAUAAUCAAUGAGAUGGAGUUGGUGCAAUGUUUGGUGCAAGGAGAGAUUGCAGGUGCUGGCUUGGAUGUUUUUAAGAAUGAACCUAAUGUUCCUGAAGAGCUCCUUUCAUUGGAUAAUGUUGUAUUGUCACCGCAUGUCGCUUUUUUAACCGAGGAUUCUUUUCAAGAUUUAUAUGAACUCAUGUCGGGGAAUUUGGAAGCUUUUUUCUUGAACAAACCUUUGCUUACUCCAGUUUUGGAUGACUGAGAUACUCUUUUCAACUUA